AGCCCCAAUCUAAGCAACCGCUUCUGCUGCCCUCAAAGCCCCCCCCUUCCCCCCCUCCCAGAUGAUCAGUAGUCAAUCCCCAGGCGACUCCUACAUCUACAAGUGCUCCUCCAAAUGCGCCCCAAGAGCCAUCGAGCCUGGAUCCUUAUACUGGCCAGCGUCCUCUGUACAGGCGGCACAGCACACGUGUGGGGGUACCCCCCAUGGAGCGACGACUACGACUACGGCUAUGCGGAUAGUGGCAUGGAGGGCUACAAUGGCUACAAUGGCUACGGCGGCCAGUACCAGCAGAACUGGGCCAGCCUCACCGUCAACCCCGACUGCCCAACCCUGGAGCCCGGUCCCCAGUACCCCCAGAGCCCGCCCAUGGAUCCCGGCCCCCAGAACGGCCCCCCAGCCAUGGAGCCCACUGGAGUGCUGACGCCGACGCCGAUGAUCACGACGACCUGUGUACCGAUCACCAUCAGCACCGCUUGCGAGUAUCCCCCGCUGGACCCCAACCAGCCGACGCGGCCCGCCUGGCAGCACGAGGAGGUGGACGAGAGCGAGGAGCGACGCAAGGAGCUGCGCAUCAUGCUGCAGCAGCUGUACGUGGCCCAGGCCAGGGUCCAGCUGGAGGCCACCGAGAUCCGGAAGGCCCAGGGGGUGGCCUCCUCCGCCCAGACGCAGCUGGAGGAGGCCACCAACCAGGUGCGCACCAUCACGGCCUCCCUGCACACGGCCCAGCAGUCGGUGGCGGCGGCGGCCAUCCGGGCCCAGAUCGCCCAGCUCCAGCUGGCCGCCCACGACCAGCUGCUGUUCGCCGCCCGCCAGGACGUCGACGCGGUGUCCUCGCAGAUGGUCGGCGUCCAGGCGGCCGAGGGCAUUGUCCAGCCCAAGCUCAAUGUCGAUCUGCGCGCCCUGCUCGACAAGCUGAAGCAGCCGCUCCAGCACUUCGACCGGCCAACGCCGGUGCCGACCAUAGUCACGGAUCCGCAGUUCUUUGGCUUCUACCAGUACCAGCAACAGCUGCCGCCGCCACCCCCGCCGCCGCCUCAGUGGCAGCAGCCGUGGCAGCCGGGCUACCUGGGCGUGUCCAACGAGAUGUUUGAGAUGUCUGGUGAGCCGAGGGCCGAAAGUUGGGACGAGGAUGCUUGGUACGACACCUAGGCGGAGUCCGAGUCUCUCCCAGUCUCCCAGUAUCUAUGCGUCUGCACCUAUAUAUUUCUCAAAGUGCUUAUUCGUUUGUUGUUCCCCAAAUAAAUGUAAUAACUAGCUGUG